AUGAGCAGCAUCUCGCAGGCAAGCGAGUGGGUAGACGUGGGUUCAGCCACGAACAGCACCAAUGCGCCGGAGCAGAGCAGUGACAUUAGCAUUGACACUUUCCAGUCGGUGUCAGUGCCUUGCGUGCUGAACUUGAUCAUUCUGUUGUCCCAGCUCGUCGUCUAUGGCUGCCUGAUUUCUUUUCGGCGAGUUUCACUUGGCGGAUUCUUGCUCCUCUGCUGCACGACUCCAUGUGGUGUCGCCCGUGCGGGUGGAUUGCGGCGUCCAGGCGGCGAGUGCGAGAAAUCUACGACACAAACAUCGACGGGGCAGUGA